CUUUAGGUUACAUAACCUCUACCGCCUUUGCGAAAACAAACUAAAUAUUUCAGGAUCAUGAUAUCAGCUUUUCGAAAUCUGUUAAUAGAACGCAGCUCCGCGAUUCGACCUCUGUCGCGUCUUACUUCUAGAUCUUAUAGUAAUAAUGCAUCUACCACCAGUUCAGGAGUAUCAUCAAUUGCUCCCGCGGUUACUGCCGAAAAAGAUAAACUAUUUAGCAAAUUAGAAAUUGAAUUACGUGGUGUAGAUCCAGCGGUGUUAAAAAGUUAUGCGUGGUUUGCGACAACAGCAGCAAAUCACCUAAACAUUGAAGUGGGGAAAUGCUGGGCCGAGAGAAAAGCGCAUCACGACCGUUUGACUUUAUUAAAAUCGGUACACAUUUAUAAAAAGCACCGCGUUCAAUACGAAGUGCGCACAUACUUUCGAUACCUGAAUUUCCACAAGUUAACGGGUUCAACGCUAGAUACCUUUCUGGAGUAUAUUGAACGUAACUUGCCUGAAGGAGUUGCUUUGAAUGCUACAAAAAAGGAAAUACAAGAAAUACCGGAUUACCUGAGAAAACCGCCAAGUGGAGUUUAACCAGAUAUCACAGUGUUUCAGUUGUUCAUGUUCCGAACAUUUUAUGAUUUAAGAAAAUAUUUAAAAUGAGCUUGUUUUCUAAAUUAAAAAUUCUACCUAUACUGUUAAGAAAAAUAAAACACUAGAUUCCUAUUGAACAAAUGGAUAAAAGUGUAGAGUGUCCUGCGGCUUAGCUAUAAAAAAACACGGAAAUGAGGUUGCACCAGUUUUUACUCUUAUCGUAAAAGCCGAAGUUAAAAUAUUCACUCUCGAAAAAUCAAAAUAUUUCAAAAACUCAAAGCAAAUUAAACUACAUUUCGUUUGUUGUAUAGAAUUCAUACCCUUUUAUAACUUUCUCAGAAAGAAUGAAUUCUAUAUAGAUAUUUGUUUUUAGAAAUCUGGUCUUGUCUAUGCAAUAUUAAAAUCCCAACCCUGACCAUGCAAUUCACAGUUUUUGACGUAAAUCUUCUUUGUAUAGUACACUUGUGAGUGACAACUUAGCCAUAAAAGGCAUUAUAAGCUUUGUAUGUGCAUAUAUUAAAUUAUG